UUACGCUUCUAACUUCACUACAGUGAAAAUGACAUUUUAAUGUGAGGUUAUAAUUUUUUGUGGUAAAUUAUUAUUUUAAUUGCCGGUAAUUAUUAGUUAAGAAUGAGUACAAAUCCGUAUUUUCCCGUUAUUGUAGACUUAAGUGCUUUUUUCUUUGAUCACAGACGAAUAGCUCGCAUCUUUGUAAAUAGUUCUAUAAAAUCAGUAAAGGAUUUAGAAACCCGAAUUUGUGAUAUUUUUUCUAUAAAGGAUUUCUUCCUAACUGCUGGAGGUCAUUUUUUACCCGAUACAGAAGAUAUCGGUGUCCUACAAAAAAACGAAACAGUAUGUGCAGUUCCAGUAAAACAACUAGAAAACCACGACCUAACACAAACCUAUCAUUCUUUAAAAUCCGCAAAAAAUUCGAAUGAAAAACGUAAAAGACCGUUAGAAGUAAUUACAGAAGAGGACGAGAUUGUUCCACCAAAAAGAAAGAAAAGUAAAAAGAAAAAGAAGCAUGUUGAAGAGACAACUAGUAAUUCUGAGAUAGAGAAUAAAAAUAAAGAAAAAAAGCAUAAAAAAUACGUGCAAGAAGAUGAGGCUUUUGAGGAACCUAAGAAAAAGAAAGAUAAAAGAAAAGAGAAAUAUGUAGAAGAGGAAAUUUGUAUUAUUGAAAGCGCUCAAACUGUGAGAGAAGUAAAGAACAAAUUGAAAGAGAAAACUGAAGAUCUCCUUAGAAAAUGGUCGAAAAAUACUGAGAAAUCUAAUAAUCACGUAAAUCUACCAGCAAAUCGAUCAAAUAUACCUGACACAGUUCGACUGUCAAGGCACGUAGACACACCAAUAAAGACUUUCACUAAAUACAUACCCCCUAUUCCAAGUACAGAUGAAUAUCUGGCAAAAACUAAGGUAAACAUUGUUAGAAUCGAUGUCAUUAACAAUAAAUCUCCUCCUGAAGCAAGCAAUAAUUGUUCCCCACCUCAGGAUAAUACAGGGAGUGAUGAAUUCACACCGCCAAAAAAUACUGUCAGGGAAAUUAUCAACUCCUUUGAGAAAACUAUCAGUCCUGAAGAAAGUGCGACAACAGUCAAUACAGAAGUAAAAAAAUCUGAAAGGAACAGUCCACCAGAUCAGACUAAAAAUGAUCUAAAUGGUAUAGUACCUGAUAAAACUGAACAAGGAAAUAAUGUUCCAUUUGAAACCCCUAUAUCCAUAAAUUCUGUUGAAAAUAAUACUCCAAAUAAGGCUUCUAGUAAUUUAAAUCAAGAUAUAGACACAGAUAAUUCUAUAUUGAGCUCAUCCUUUAAUUCUAUAAAUGGAUCAUUAAAAAAAACUUAUUCUAAACCUGUUAAAAACUAUAAAGGGUAUUCAGGUGUGGGUCUGCUUUUAGAGAGUCUAAAAGAGUCCGAUACAGUUUUUUCUGGAGAGAGUGACACUUCAGGUCAGUAUGUGACACGAAGAAAGAGAAUUCGGAAGAGGAAAAGACCUGCUAAAAAGCCAGAUAAUGUAGAACUACCAAAAGUUGAAUUUUAUGAACCUAAAUCGUUGAAAGUUCAAGCUUGUCCGAGUGUUCAUCUGAGAUUUGAAGAGAACACAGAAGAUUUAAAUAAAAAUGCUUUUAAAAAAGAAACUAACGUGGAAGACAAACACAAAUCUAAACAAAUAGAAAACAAUGUUAUCAAUACUACAAUAGUUGUCAGUGAUGAAGGCGAAGGAUCAAUAAUUUUAGAAAACAAAAAUAUCUUCAGUGAGACCAAUAUUGUGGCGUCUCCCAUGAUGGGGCCCAAUUUGUUGCCCAAAAUUGGAGAUAUUGUAGCUUUCAGGAUUUUGAAAAUGACUGAGGAUUAUACUCCACAAUUAUCAAGUUAUAUAAUGGGGAGAGUGGAGAUGUACAUUGCAGAUAGGGCUACAGUUUAUUUUAAAAUACUGAGAGGCAAUGAGGAACUUGUGCAACCUUCAGGAAAAUUGUCUUUGGAAAUGGAAGGAAAGGAAGACAGGGAAAACAGUAAACAUAAAGAAUUUUCUUGGUCUCAAUUGAUCGAACCCAGAUUAGUAUUUCCAUGACCUUUAUUUUCUAAAAUAUAAAAAACAGAAACAAUAUUUACACUUAUAUUUGUACUUUAUAUUAUGUAUUAUGUAAAUUCUGGAAAAUACUGCUUGGUGUAGAUAUAAUGCUUUCAAGCUUAGCUGAACAUUACGUAGUCUGUUCCUUCUUUCAAGUUGAGUGUUUUGAGGUUUUUUUCAAACACCCCUUCUGUCAAAUCCUAGGAAUAAAAAAAUAAGGUAAUAGAAAAGAAUAAAAUGUACUUUAUGUUUUCGCGUAGAAUUUUGUUAUUUACAUAUAUAUUUGGUUUUGUUAAUAUUAUUUUUUUGUAAUAUAUUCUUAUGAAU